CAACACAUGUGGGCUUGAGCAACUGAACUGGAAACAAGAUGCAGGACCCCAAUGCAGACACUGAGUGGAAUGACAUCUUACGCAAAAAGGGUAUCUUACCCCCCAAGGAAAGUCUGAAAGAAUUGGAAGAGGAGGCAGAAGAGGAGCAGCACAUCCUCCAGCAGUCAGUGGUGAAAACAUAUGAAGAUAUGACUUUGGAAGAGCUGGAGGAUCAUGAAGACGAGUUUAACGAGGAGGAUGAACGUGCUAUUGAAAUGUACAGACGGCAGAGACUGGCUGAGUGGAAAGCAACUAAACUGAAGAAUAAAUUUGGAGAAGUUUCGGAGAUCUCAGGGAAGGAUUGUGUUCAAGAAGUUAUCAAAGCUGGCGAGGGCUUGUGGGUCAUCUUGCACCUUUACAAACAAGGAAUUCCCCUCUGUGCCCUGAUAAAUCAGCAUCUCAGUGGACUUGCCAGGAAGUUUCCUUAUGUCAAAUUUAUCAAAGCCAUUUCAACAACCUGCAUACCCAAUUAUCCUGAUAGGAAUCUGCCCACGAUAUUUGUUUACCUGGAAGGAGAUAUCAAGGCUCAGUUUAUUGGUCCUCUGGUGUUUGGCAGCAUGAACCUGACAAGAGAUGAGUUGGAAUGGAAACUGUCUGAAUCUGGAGCAAUUAUGACGGACCUGGAGGAAAACCCUAAGAAGCCGAUUGAAGACGUGUUGCUGUCCUCAGUUCGGUGCUCUGUCCUCAUGAGGAGGGACAGCGAUUCCGAGGGUGACUGAGGCUACAGCUGCUAUCACAUGCCAAACUUUCUUGUGACAAAUUGUCUGGAUUUUUUAAAAAAGGAAAAAGCAAGAAUGAAUCCUUGUGGUUUUUAGUUUUGUAUAAAUUAUGUUUCAAAUCUUUACAUUUUGGAAAUAAUCAUUGCUGGAGAUUCUGUUAAAUAUUUUGGAACUCUUUUUUUUUAAUUAUAGUAUUUCCUCUAAAAAAAUUAAAACCAGCCAUUUGUAUGGCAAA